CUCUCUCUCUCUCUCUCUCUCUCUCUCUCUGGCCCCUUUCCCCCUGCAGGGAGAUGAUGGAUAGCAGGAUCUUAGAACACCACCAUGCUCAGUUUGGAGGUACCUUGGCCAGCAUGGUAGGAUUCCACUACCCCCUUACUCAUCACCAUGUGUACGAGCUCACAGGACACCAACUUCAAUCUGCCAGCGUCCCCUUCACCAUAGACGGAUUACUGAGCGGCUCCUGUACGGCAUCCGUGGUCAACCCGUCCCCUCUGAUGCCGUCGGCUUGUAACGUGAACGGGGAGAGCCAGUCCUUCAAACUGUCAGACUCAUCGGAUCCAGAAAAGGACACCCCGGGAUGUAAACGGAGAAGGACGAGAACUAAUUUCACCGGUUGGCAACUGGAGGAGUUGGAAAAAGCCUUCAACGAGAGCCAUUAUCCAGAUGUGUUCAUGAGAGAGGCGCUAGCAUUGAGACUCGACCUGGUGGAGUCUCGGGUUCAGGUUUGGUUUCAAAACCGCAGAGCGAAAUGGAGAAAGAAGGAAAACACCAAGAAAGGACCUGGCCGACCAGCGCAUAACUCGCACCCUACAACGUGUAGCGGAGAGCCCAUGGACCCGGAAGAGAUCGCCCGCAGGGAGAUGGAAAAGAUGGAGAAGAAGAAACGGAAGCAGGAAAAGAAACUUCUGAAAUCCCAGAACAAGCUGCUGCACUCGGAGAUGGAGUGCAAUAUUGCUUCCUCUGGUUCGGAGUCAGACAGCAGCGUGGUUCACCUGCAACCUGGUACAGCACACACCGAGGCCAGUCAGCACUCCCCAAACACCAGCAGGGCGCCUACUGCCACCAACUGUGAACAAACCGACCAAAAGGUCUCCCACCACCAAAGAAACGCGUCCCAGAAUAAUCCCAGUCGAUCUUCAGAUGUGGACUCUAAUCGGGACAAAGCUCCGAGUUAUCUGUGCACGAACGCUCGUUCUUCCAGUCUGACCAAGUGCGAUCAGAAAACAAACCCUUUCAGCGUGGAAAGUCUGCUUUCCGAUAGCACGCCGCGGCGCAAGCCUCACUAUGACUACCCAGCCUUACCAAACCCCCGAGCCGUCAUUGGGAAGGGACAUUUCCUUCUCUACCCCAUUACCCAACCUCUAGGUUUCAUCGUUCCCCAAACCAGUAUCAGGACACCGCCCGUCCAAACCUCAUCUCCCUCCAGGCCAGACACAACCGCCCCAGAAACAGACCAGGCGCUUGCCACUUAUCCCGGGACAAACUCAAACUCAACACAAGCCAGCUGUCCCGGUUUAGAGUCGAGCUCAGCACAGACCAGCUACCCCGGGACAACUCCAGGAGCCACACAAGCCAACUAUCUCGAUCCAAAUUCCAGCCCGCCUCAGUCAAAUAAAGCUCUGGCCUCGGAGGGUCCAGAUGAACUGACCCAACAGAGCGCAGACUCUCCCGAGCCAGUAAACACAAACUGCCCUUCAGAACAUACGACAGAGUGUGAAGAGGUGGAUAUGGACUAAGCUCAGAGACUGGAAACUAACACCGCAUCUGCAAAGCAGACACAACAAAACAAAGAAACAAGACAGAGAGAGGAAUGGAAAAUUAGGACUUUCUCGUAAAAUUCACUAGAUAAACAUGUCGUUUCAGUUUAUUUAGUUUGUUUGCUAUGCAGGUGGAUUUCUGUGUGAAUUUUCACUGACCAGGCGAUGCGUUCAGAUAUUAACCCAGCCCUGUUUUCACUAAGCGGUGCCAAAACAGUUUAUCUUCUCUCUCCAUAUAUAUAUUCACACACAUACACUGUUAACACCAGUGUCUGGACGCAAUGUAUAAAAACCACAAAUCCUCUCCUCAUUGUGUAAAAC